AAAGAAAGCUUUCACGUGGACUAGAACUCGAAAAUAAACUAAUCAAUAAUCGAUCUUUUCAUUAUAUUCAAAAGUGUUGAUUCCGGAAAUCUUUUUGGAAUAUAAAACAGGAACACAUUAUUUAUCAAACUGACGGAAUAUUUUUAGUGUCAAAGCAUUUGAUUUAUGAAAAUUUCGUCUUUUCUUGUACAGUACUAUAAGCACUUGAUGCUCGAAUAAUGGCGGCCCCUUACUAACUUUGUAUUCUACGUUCGUUUGUGAAUAUGGAUAACAAUCGGAUUUAUAAAAGUCUUAGGAUGCCGUCUGGAAAUGAAACAUAUAGUUCGUUGGAACAACAUAACUCGGCUGUAACUUCUCGGAAUAAUCAGUCUCAGACUGCCGAAGUUAGGGGUUUGGUCGGGGAUUCUAUCCAAAAUCAGAUUCACAUUGUUGGGGAUUCCUGUGAGGACCCCACGGAGCACCCUUCACGAGAAACCAGUAAUGGACUCAGCCAAACUGACGUUCAUGUGCUUGCGCAUGCGCCAGUAACUAUAACUGGAGACAAUUCUGGGUUUUCCCGUAACUACAAUGACGUUCAUGCAACUACGCAUGCGCCAUCAAGUAUAAACAUUCCUUUGAAUGCUGGGAUCGCCCAAAGCGGCGGAAGUGCAGGGGAAAACAGUAAUACGCACGCGCAAAUGAGUGUAAAUUCGCAUUUGCAAAUGCAAAUGUUGCAAAAUCAAAAAAUCAUGUUGGAGCAACAGUCAACGGUGGCAGGUUUGGUUAAGAAAUUCGACGCUUUAGCCAAACAAAUGGACAAACGCCGGCGCAGUGAUCUUUUAAAACUGCCACGACAACCGAAACCUCCGACAAUAACCGGAAGUGGGUAUGAAGAUGUUUCCGAUUCGGAUAGUUCGUACCCGUCCGAUAAUGACGCUUCGUUAUUGGACUCGGACGAUGAUGGAUCAGUGGAAGGCCACCAAGUGGGGAACAACGACUGUUCUUCUGAAAGUUUAAGACUUUUAGCGGAGAUGAGUAGAGAUUUCAAAAAGCCUGAGGAAACUGGGCCAAAAGUUGAUCGUGUGUUAGCGGAUACGGUGAACUUUGGUAUAAGCCAGCCGGUAGACCGAAAGAUAGCAACAAAACUUUGUGACAAUCAAAAGAGACCAAGUAAUUGUGAAUUUCUACGGGUUCCAAAGGUGAACAAAGAACUGUGGGUGAGCUCAAGUCUCAGUAAAAACAUUAAGGAGAGAGACAGGAAAAUGCAAACAAUACAACAAUACAUGACAGCAGGGUUGAUACCUCUAGUAAACUUGAUGGACAAGUUGUUAGAACGAAAUGAUUCGGAUUCACUGGAGCUUGCUCGAGAUUCUUUUCAGUUAAUGGCCUACGCACAUAGGGAUAUGACAAAUCUCAGGAGACAGCAGAUAAAACCAGGAAUAAAUGAGAAGUACCACCAGCUAUGCAAUGAUUCUACAGAGGUGACCGAAAAUUUAUUGGGAGACGGUUUGGAUAAACAGCUGAAAAGUUUGGAUGACAUGAGGAAACUUGGUAGAGACAUGACUAAGCCUCAAUUUAAGCAAAGUCGGAAGAGAGAUCAUCAAGGUCAGUUCAAGUCAAAAAAUGACGUCAUCCGCCGAAGAGACAAUAGAGAUCAACAAACACAACGAUAUUCACAAGAUCCAAAGUCUUUUUUAUCGAAAGGAUACCGGCAGAAGCCGGUGCAUCAAAACAAGUUCAAAAAACCCCGGAGGAACAAUUACAACAACAACAAACAGGAUUAAAUCAUUUUGCUGGGGAAAGUACUUCAAAAAGUAACGGAAGACCAGGCAGAGGCAAUCUUGGUAGCCCCUAUUUUCACAACACAGCCAUGGUUUCCGCGUCUUCUUCAAAUGAUCUGCAGUCAGAGCUACAUACUUCCAAGGAUGGAGAAUUUGUUAACAUCACCAAGGAAGAAAAACCAUCCUCUAGUGUCCAUGAAAAUGGGGGUUUUCAGGAUAUCCGGGAACAUCUUAUUCGUUCAGGACUACCAGAAGAGUCUGCAAAAAUCAUCAUGGCGUCUUGGCGACGGUCAACGCAAGAUCAGUAUGGGUCACAUAUCAAAAAAUGGUUGCGUUUUUGUGGUCAAGAACAAAUUAAUUCAAUUAAACCAUCUAUGAAUCAGGUAAUUCUAUUUUUGACAAAACUUCAUACAGAGAAGUACAGUUACAGAACAAUAAGUGCAGCAAAAUCAGCAAUAUCAACUUAUAUAAGUCUUUUUCAUGACAUGGAUAUUGGAAGUGACAGAAAAAUAAAACGCUUCAUGAAAGGGAUAUUUGAAAUUAACCCUGCAUUGCCAAAAUAUAACGCCACAUGGGAUGUUAAACAAGUCUUAAACUGCAUAAAAGGAAUGCCAACCAAUGAUUUAUCAUUACGGUUGCUGAGUGUAAAAUUAGUAGUUUUGUUGGCACUCACAACAGGACAACGGUGUCAAACUUUAGCUGCAUUGGAUAUUGAGGAUUUGCAUAUAGAACAAACAUGUGUAAAAAUCAGAGUUACAAGUGUGCUUAAACAAACAAAACCAAAUUCUCAUUUAGCAGAGCAAUUUAUUGAAGAGUAUUGUCAUGAUAGUGAAUUAUGUGUUGUUAGGGCAUUAAGAAUUUAUUUGGAAAAAACUAAUACUCUAAGAAAUACAUCAAAAUUAUUCAUUACUCUGCAAAAGCCACAUGGUGCAGUGACAUCAAAUACUAUCGCAAGGUGGAUAAAAUUAGGCCUUAAACUAGCUGGAAUAAACAUUUCUACUUUUUCUGCACACAGUACAAGGGGUGCUUCUACUAGUGCAGUAGCAUCAAAAUCUAUUCCAAUUAAUACAAUUUUAAAAACAGCAGGUUGGAAAAGAGAUUGUACAUUCAGAACUUUUUAUAACAAACAAAUAAGUAAUGAUUCAUCCUAUAGCAAAGCAAUUUUAAGUAUAGUUGAUGAUUAAUAAGACAAUGCAUACACAUGUCAUAGUUCAUGUGCAAAAUUAUUGCAUAAACUCAAGAGUACUAAGGUUGAUAUUACAUAGAUUAGAUUAAAAAAUUGUUUUUUCUGGAGAAAUUGUGUAUAGUUAUAUGAUUUUAAUUGCAUUUUAUGACUAAAUUGAAACAAUUUAUGAAUUUUAUUAUGCAUGGAACAUAAUUAAUUUGUCAUUUGUGUUUUAUUGCUUUAUAUUAGCUUUAGUAUGACUGAAAUAUUAUUUCAAGAUAAAUCAAAGCUUUUUUGAAAUGUAUCAAUUGUCACAAUGACAUUAUGACAAUACAGGAUUUCAUCAACUCA